AUGGAGCGUGCAUCGACCGCGCAUGGGCAGCUGUCGCCCAGCAAGACGCGCGCGCAGGCCAAGCGCAAGUACAUCGCUUCACAUGUGCCCCGUGGCGCGUUGGAGAAUGAGACGAACCGCGUCGGAGCGCGACGCGUCCUGCCCAGCGAGCCUGAUCCACACAAUCGCUCGCUGCUGCAUGGCCUCUUUCACGUCGAGGCUCAGCGGCGCGAAGCGACAAAGAUGCGCGAUCAAGAGGAGCAAGAGGAGCAGACCGUGCGGCUGAAACAACAGGACCAAGUGCUGAGCGCGCAGCGCAAAUCCGCGAAUGCGAACCGUGCGCCUGCCUCUUCAUGGCGCGGCGUAUCCGAUUACGAGUACGAGCUUCUGCGUGCGGAGCAGGAUAAGGUUCGAAAAGCGCUUGAACUGGAAGUGGAAGCACAGCGUGCCGAGAUCCGCACUUUGCAAGAGGAAAAAAGCGCGCAAUCUGCGGCGCAUGCGGCGCUGUUGGACGAGGUUGCAUCGCUGCGCGCAAAUGCGGCGCUGCUAAUGCGACAGCUAGCGACACACGACGAUCGCUCACGCGCAAUGCAAACUGAAGCAGAGGAAAUCAAAGCGCGCAACGCGCAUCUUGAACAGGAGCUGUGUGCCGCCGAGACACUGCGCCGCAAGCUGCACAACCAAGUGCAAGAGCUGCGUGGAAAUGUACGUGUUUAUGCGCGUGUUCGUCCGCCUCGUGCAGGGCACGACGGCGACCUGGCCGAGGCAGAGAUCCGGUUUCCGGAUGGAAUGCUUGCGACGCAGCUCGAGGUUGUCGCCAACGCUGAGAGUGCGACGGGCGCUGCGACGAAACGCACGCAUGCGUUCGCAUUUGAUCGCGUCUUUCCUCCCAGUGCGACGCAGAAGGACGUGUUUGUGGAAGUCUCGGCGCUCAUGCAGAGCGUGCUCGAUGGGUACAAUACGACAAUUUUUGCCUACGGGCAGACGGGCUCGGGCAAAACGCAUACGCUGGAAGGCGGAGCAGAGAUGCCCUCUAGCGCCAUUGUGCACGACACUGCAGGUUUGAUUCCCCGCGCUAUGCACAUGGUAUGGCAAGUUGCAGAGAAGCUGCGUGCACAGGGGUGGGAAUACGAAUUUGAGGCGCAAAUGCUGCAAAUCUAUUUGGACCAUAUUUACGACCUGCUCGGCACCGCUGCGUCGGACAAGGAGAAGCACGAAGUUCGACACACAGCGACACACACGAGUGUAUCGAAUACGGUCACUGUGCCGAUGCACGGGCCCCAAGAUGUGUUUUCCUUGCUCGAGUGCGCCAAGAAGCGGAGACAAGUAGCAGCGACGUUGAUGAACGAGCGCUCUAGUCGCUCGCACAGUGUAUUCAUGCUGCGUGUGCGCGGAAAAAAUAGCAGCACAAACGAGACGAGCGAUGCGACGCUGAAUCUUGUGGAUCUUGCUGGCUCGGAGCGUCUCGCAGCGAGCGGCUCGGCAAACGACCCGACGCGCCUCAAAGAGGCACAGAGUAUCAACAAAUCACUCAGCAGUCUUGCCGACGUGAUUGCCGCGCUGGGCAAUGGUCCGAAUGGCGGCGCGGCGCGGCAUGUCCCGUAUCGCAACUCGACACUGACGUGGCUCUUGAAGAACAGUCUCGGAGGAAAUGCGAAAACGUGCGUGGGUGACAUACUCACCGCAGACUGA